AUGAAGGGCACGGCCGUAACCUUCCUCACGGCGAACGAGGGCUUCAAGGCCAAAGGCAUCAUGGGCGUGAUGGAGAAGACGGGGCAGCCCAUCAGCGAGGAGAUGCGGGCGCUCGCCAACUCCGCGCCGGACGACAAGGGGAAGGGCAAAGGCCGCUUCCGCGAGGGCGGCAACCGCGAGGACCGCGACGGCGGCAAGGGCUUCGGGGACUCAUUCGGGGACCGCGACCGCGGCAAAGGGGCGCCAUCGUCGAACCCCUUCGGGCGAGAGGAGAACAGGCGUCGCAGCCGCAGCCGCAGGAGAAGCCGCAGCCGGAGGGGGAGCCGCGACAGGCGGCGCAGCCGGGACAGGCGCCGGAGCCGCGACAGGAGCCGCAGCCGGAGGAACAGGAGCCGCAGCCGCAGGCGGCGGGACCGCAGCCGCAGCCGGCGGCGGCGCAGCGAGUCGAAGAACAAGGAUCGCGGC